UCAAGCAACGAAAACAUGCGUGAAUGUAUCUCCGUCCACGUUGGCCAAGCUGGAGCUCAGAUAGGCAAUGCAUGCUGGGAGCUCUACUGCCUGGAGCACGGCAUCCAGCCGGACGGUCAGAUGCCCAGCGACAAGACCAUUGGAGGAGGAGACGACUCCUUCAACACCUUCUUCAGUGAGACUGGAGCUGGCAAACAUGUUCCCAGAGCUGUCUUUGUGGACCUGGAGCCAACUGUCAUUGAUGAGGUCCGUACAGGAACCUACCGCCAGCUCUUUCACCCUGAGCAGCUGAUCACUGGAAAAGAGGAUGCCGCCAACAACUACGCCCGUGGUCACUACACCAUUGGCAAGGAGAUCAUCGACCUUGUUCUCGACAGGAGUCGUAAACUGGCUGACCAGUGCACAGGUCUCCAAGGUUUCCUCAUCUUCCACUCCUUUGGUGGAGGAACCGGCUCUGGCUUCACCUCUCUGCUGAUGGAGCGUCUUUCGGUUGACUAUGGCAAAAAGUCCAAGCUGGAGUUUGCCAUUUAUCCAGCUCCCCAGGUGUCCACAGCCGUGGUGGAGCCCUACAACUCCAUCCUGACCACCCACACCACCCUGGAGCACUCCGACUGCGCCUUCAUGGUGGAUAAUGAGGCCAUCUAUGACAUCUGUCGCAGAAACCUGGACAUCGAGCGUCCAACUUACACCAACCUCAACAGGCUGAUUGGACAGAUCGUCUCCUCCAUCACCGCUUCCCUGCGCUUCGACGGCGCCUUGAAUGUGGACCUGACGGAGUUCCAGACCAAUCUGGUGCCCUACCCUCGUAUCCACUUCCCUCUGGCCACCUACGCCCCUGUUAUCUCAGCAGAGAAGGCCUAUCAUGAGCAGCUGUCAGUAGCAGAGAUCACCAACGCCUGCUUCGAGCCCGCCAACCAGAUGGUCAAAUGUGACCCUCGCCAUGGGAAGUACAUGGCCUGCUGCCUGUUAUUCCGUGGUGAUGUGGUGCCCAAAGAUGUCAACUCAGCCAUCGCCACCAUCAAAACCAAGCGCACCAUCCAGUUCGUGGACUGGUGUCCAACAGGCUUCAAGGUGGGCAUCAACUACCAGCCUCCCACGGUGGUUCCUGGAGGAGAUCUGGCCAAGGUGCAGAGGGCCGUCUGCAUGCUGAGCAACACCACCGCCAUCGCUGAGGCCUGGGCUCGUCUCGACCACAAGUUCGACCUGAUGUACGCCAAGAGGGCCUUCGUCCACUGGUACGUUGGGGAGGGGAUGGAGGAAGGAGAGUUCUCCGAGGCCAGAGAGGACAUGGCUGCCCUGGAGAAGGAUUAUGAAGAGGUGGGAACCGACACCAUCGGUGAUGAAGGAGAGGAAGAGGGUGAAGAAUAUUAAGUCUGAAAUAAACAAAAAAGCACAAUGCACUAAUCGGGUUCUUUUUAGACUUCAGUGUAUGAAACAAGAAGUGAUGUAUGAUCCUGUCUAAAGAGUAAAUGUAUACCUUUGGGUUUUUUUUUUUAGAUUUUUCUAAAGGCCUGCGAGCAAAGAAAGGGAUGAGACACGAUAAAUUGUAUAAAUCAGGAUGACAUGAAACACUUUGGUUCUCUCCUGGAAGGUUUUUAUGAUGUUGCUCUCAUGUUUCCUCCAAGCAGAAUAGAUUAGGAACUAUAGAGUUUUGUCAAGUAAAUUUCAUAAUUUAGCAAGACAUACACUCAAGAGACAGUCAGGUUUCCUAAGUUUUCCAGGCUGUUGCAAAAUGUGCAAAAUUCAUGUCCUUAUCCAGAGAGAUUAAGAGGAAUUCAGUCCCAAGAUAUCAUCUUUGCUAUAUGUCUUUGUCCUAAAACAAUAAACUGGGAUAAGUUUC